CUUGAGUAAUCUGACCUUCCACUGACAUUCAUCUGCAAAAACCGAGGGCAUAAUCGGCAGAUUUUAAAAUAUUACAUUUUCCAAGUAAUAUAACAAAUACAUCAUCUUCUUAAAAUGGCAUUGAACAAACUCAGUAUCGAAAGCCUAGAUUUGGCUGGAAAGCGUGUGUUUAUGAGAGUCGACUUCAACGUCCCAAUUAAAGAAGGAAAAAUCACAAGCAACCAAAGAAUCGUAGCAGCCUUGGACAGUGUUAAGUAUGCUCUUGACAAAGGAGCCAAGUCGGUGGUACUUGCCUCCCAUUUGGGUCGUCCAGAUGGCAACAAAAACCUCAAAUACACAUUGGCUCCUGUGGCUGAUGAGCUUAAAAAGCUCCUUGGAAAGGAUGUCACCUUCUUGAACGACUGUGUCGGCGCCGAAGUUGAAGAGAAAUGCAAGGACCCACCAGCAGGCUCAGUUAUUCUUUUGGAGAAUGUCCGUUUCUAUGUCGAGGAAGAAGGCAAAGGCGUUGACGCCAACGGAGCCAAAGUUAAGGCCGACCCAGCCAAGGUCAAGGCUUUCCGUGAAAGCCUCCAAAAAUUGGCCGAUGUCUACAUUAACGAUGCCUUCGGUACUGCCCAUCGCGCCCACAGUUCUAUGAUGGGUGAAGGUUUCAGCCAACGUGCUGCAGGUUUGCUCCUAAACAAGGAACUCAAGUACUUCUCUCAGGCUCUCGACAAUCCUCCACGCCCCUUCUUGGCCAUUCUCGGCGGUGCCAAGGUAGCCGAUAAGAUUCAAUUGAUCGAGAAUUUGCUCGAUAAAGUCAACGAAAUGAUCAUCGGUGGUGGCAUGGCUUUCACUUUCCUCAAGGUCCUAAACAACAUGAAAAUUGGUAACUCACUCUUUGACGAAGAAGGUGCCAAGAUUGUUGAGAAGCUCGUAGAAAAGGCAAAGAAGAACAACGUUCAAUUGCAUUUGCCAGUUGAUUUCAUCUGUGGUGACAAGUUCGCCGAAGAUGCCGUUGUCAGUGAGGCGACAGUUGAAUCUGGCAUUCCUGACGGAGUUAUGGGAUUGGAUGCUGGCCCAAAAACACGUGUAGCAUUCGCUGCUCCCAUUAGCCGUGCAAAGAUCAUUGUCUGGAAUGGACCCAGCGGUGUCUUUGAAUUCCCAAAUUUCGCCAAUGGCACAAAAGCUGUUAUGGAUGCUGUUGUCGCUGCCACUAAAGCCGGUUGUGUUUCCAUCAUUGGAGGUGGAGACACAGCUUCAUGCUGUGCCAAAUGGGGAACUGAAUCUCAGGUUUCUCAUGUUUCCACUGGUGGUGGUGCUUCCUUGGAAUUGCUGGAAGGCAAAACACUUCCUGGUGUUGCUGCUCUUUCUGAUGCCUAAGUGAAUCACAGAGAGUUCAGGUGUAACAGAAAAUUAAAUAGGGUCUCUAAUUGUUAAGAAUGGUGCUACACCAUUUAAAUCAAUGUUGUUUAAAAAACAAAAACAAAAUACAUUCAUAUAUUCGAAAUAAAUUAACCAUUAAAUUA